UAUGGGUUUUGUAACAGUCGUAUUUGUGGUGUCUCUUUAAGAUGCUCUAGUCUAGCUGAUGACGUCACACGUAUGCGCUGUAGCUUCUCUGUGGAGAGCGAGGGAGAAACGUGCUAGACGGAUGUUGUUUGGACUCUGUUCAUUUUAUUUAUGCUUUGAUACUACAGCAGCCGUUCAACCGGGCAUUACAAGGUUGUUGAAGAGUGCGUUUAUUAAAAUUAACACUGUGGAAUUCUAGUACCAGUGUGGUUGCGAGUUUUUUUGAUCGACCUGAUGACUCUGCCGCCUCCUCUCCUCCCUCAAACGUAACCCAAACGUUACAGUUUGACACAUUUAGAACAAUUCAGCGGAUUUAUAUGGAUGACCACUAGUUUAAAACUGAUCAGGUGUGGACGAGAUUAUUUUAUAAAAACUAAUAUCUCUGCUACGUCGUUUUAAAUGGACCCAGCUACAUGUGGUCAAAGUCUAAAACUACCUUGCAAGCCUGUUUUUAAGGCUUGCAAGGUAGUUUCAUAAAUUACAGAAUAAAUAUACAAACCGCUUGCCAUACCAUUAGUCCUCUCAGCAGUUGUGCAGUUUGUGCUCUGUGGGUGCUUUCAGCAGUGGAGCCGCAGCAAGAAGACAAAUGUUAGGAUUGUGGAAAGCUUCUGAACGCGUCAUGACAGUGAGGGGGUUGGACUGAUUCGGACCUGCGUCCUUCUGCAGAACAGACCCCGCUGUGUGAGUCUUGGACAGAACUGCUUCUCUGAGCGGAACUCCACCGGAGUUCUGCUUAAGUUCCCGGGCGGAGCAGCUGCCGCGUGCCUGCAAGCCACAUGGACCCUUCCCGCUGCGGAGCAUGCUGCUAGCGCCUGGCGGUCGGAAGGAGAACCGUGAGGCUGUGCAGACCACCGAACCCGAGCUUCACGCGCCGCUGUCUGCUUCCUAGUCAUGCGCACAGACAACCUCAGUUGAGGAACCCCAGUCGGGCUGAAGCAUGUUCCUGACCUUCCUCCUCAGCUUCAUCGUUCCUCCGGUAUGGAGCGUUCACACGUCGUGGGAAAACUGGAGGUCCGCGCUGCACAACGGAGGGGAUGAGUUUGAACCGCCGACCUCCCAGCCGCACAUCGUCUUCAUCCUAGUGGAUGAUCAGGGCUUCCGGGAUGUUGGAUACCACGGCUCCGAGAUCAAAACUCCGAACUUGGACCGGCUGGCCGCGCAGGGAGUGAAGCUGGAGAAUUACUACGUGCAGCCGCUCUGCAGCCCGUCCCGGAGUCAGCUGAUGACCGGCAGCCUGACUCUUGCUUCAACUACUCAGUUAGCUCAUCAGGUCUGUUGUUUCAGGUAUCAGAUCCACACAGGCCUUCAACAUUCUAUCAUUCGUGCCACCCAGCCCAACUGUCUGCCUUUGGAGAAUAUCACUCUCCCCCAGAAGCUCAAAGAAGCAGGCUACUCCACCCACAUGGUGGGGAAGUGGCACCUUGGCUUUUACAAACGUGGCUGCCUUCCCACCCAACGAGGUUUCGACACUUUCUUCGGAUCCCUGCUCGGAAGCGGCGAUUACUACAGUCACUAUAAAUGCGAAGGCCCCGGCAUGUGUGGCUAUGAUCUGUACCAAGGGGAAGAGGCCGCUUGGGAACAGGACCGCGGCUUGUACUCUACCGUGAUGUUCACUCGAAAGGCUGUCAGCAUCUUGGCCAAUCACGAUCCCCACAAGCAACCCUUAUUUCUUUACUUGGCCUACCAGGCGGUUCAUUCCCCGCUGCAAGUUCCUGCUCGCUAUCUCGAGCGCUACAAGGGAAUUCCAAACCCACAUCGCCGAAAAUAUGCUGCCAUGGUUUCCUGUCUUGAUGAAGCCAUUCACAACCUGACCUUAGCCCUGAAACACUUUGGUUACUAUGACAACACAGUUAUAGUGUACUCCACAGACAAUGGGGGCCAGCCAUUAGCUGGUGGAAGUAACUGGCCCUUGAGGGGGAGUAAAGCCACCUACUGGGAGGGGGGCAUCAGAGGAGUAGGUUUUGUUCACAGUCCCCUGUUGGUCAGAAAAGGGUCAAAAUGUCAAACUUUGGUCCACAUAACUGACUGGUUUCCUACUCUGGUGACUCUGGGGGGAGGCACCUUAGAUGAAGAUCAAAACCUAGAUGGAUAUGAUGUUUGGGAGGCUAUUAGUGAAGGUCGUCCAUCGCCUCGCCUAGACAUUUUACAUAACAUCGACCCAAUUUACAUUAAAGCCAAGAACGGCUCUUGGAAGGCGGGAUAUGGAUUGUGGAACACCGCUGUCCAAGCUGCGCUCAGAGUUGGCCACUGGAAGCUACUGACAGGUGUGCCAGGCUACAGUGACUGGGUGCCACCACAGACAUUCUCCAACCAACGACUAACCACUCGCCACCAUAAUGAACGUGUGCGUUGGGACAGGGGUAAAUCCAUCUGGCUGUUCAACAUCACAGCUGAUCCUUAUGAGCGAGUAGACUUGUCUCAGAAAUACCCACACAUAGUAAAGAAGAUGCUGAUGCGGCUGGUGCAGUACAACAAGACCGCUGUGCCAGUGCGCUACCCUGCAAAGGACCUGCGCUCCAACCCGCAGUACAACGGAGGAGUAUGGGGACCUUGGUACAAGGAUGAGAAGCAGGAGCGGGACGAGGAGGAGAGAUAUAAUAACUUGUUUACAAACCAUCUUGGUAAAAGAAGGUGGAAAAAUAAAUCAAGGAAUAUAAAGUUGAAACGCAAAGCAGAAAAUUAGCUUAAAGGAUUCAUGAAGAAACCUCAGACUGCCUUUACUCAGGUAUUAGCACUUCUUGUUUUAGACAUUUUAACUCCAGGAAGUCUAAAUUGGACUCGACUAAACACUACGGCGAAAAAGUGUUUACAGAUUUCUUCUGUUUUAGCUUUUCUUCUGACUUAAAAAUUUCACAUUUUAAUUUUAAUACCACACAGAAGUAACUUGAUUAAAUAGAAUAGGCAAUUUUCAAACGAUUAUUUAAUUUAAGAGAAAAAGCUAACCAAACCUGACUACAGCUAUGUUUCCAUAAAGGUUUUUUUUCAUGCAAUUUGAAGUAUUGCAUUAGAAAAGGUUGAUGGAAAUGGCAAAAUUUUUAAUAAUUUCCUCAAUUUCAGGAAAACGAUUCUUUUUAUACGAGUUCUGAAGUACUAAACAUCACCAUCCACUGAAGGGGCUGUGCCUUACCAGAGGCAUGAAACAAGUCAAAAUCCAAACCUCCAGUUCUCCAUUUUUCUGAGAUGUGUGAUUCAUGCUAGUUAGCAACCUCUACAUCUUGUUUAUUACAGCCAUGUGCAGUGUCAACAUCAUGCUUUGCGGUUGAGUCAUUCCAAACCACUAGAUGGAAACACUUAAUUUUCUUUGACUUUUUUGCAGCAUUUUAAAAGUUUGCAUGACAUCUGGACGGACGUGACAAAAAAUAAUUUCCCUCUAAACUUAAUGGUUGGUUGUGAUGGUAACAACUGCCACUUUAUGCUUUUCCUCCAUAGGACCACGAUGCUUUGGACAGUUUUUCCUUUUAUAAAAAAAAUUAUAAUUUAUUCACUUAGGUUAUAUUUGCCUCUUAUGUGUUCAUUGACACAAAAUAUACAACUGGAGCGAAAGAAAUAAAAAAAAAAACAGAAGAACUCUGUAAGGGAGUAGAUUCUUUUUCACAACACUACAUAGUGUGUAAGAUGUGCUGCUGGAGCUUUGGGGAUGCCUGACGGUGAUUUGUUCAGGCACUGAUGCCAUGUCUAGACGGUGAAGACCUCAGUUCAGUCUUUGGACUAUUUUUUGUUAGUUUUUUUAAUAAGAAUCUAUUGUAUGACUGAACUGUUGUCACUUGUACAUUCAUGUUUCACUUAUAGUUGAAAAUGCAACUUUUUUUUCUUUUUUUUGACUGUUGCCAUAAAUUUAAGGGUAAUGAAGUGAGACUCAGUCCUAUCAUGUUUUCUUUGUGGUGCUAUACUGUCGUGCUAGCAGAUUUAGGAUUUAUGUCAUGUUUGUAUUCAAAUAUGCUGCUUGUUAUGAGCAUACUUUGUACUUUAGAACAAUAACGUUCGUUCUACCAGUUAGAGGUCUGCUCAGGCACCGGGCCAACCUGAAUCUAACUCAAGCAGCAAAAUAAAAGCUUGGACAUUUAGCUUUUUGUCUCUACUAUCUUUCAACCUAUGUUUGAUUAGUUUAUUGCAGCUGAAUGUUCUUCAUUCCAUUUAAAAAGGAAUACUUUUGUGAAAAUAUGUGACAAAAGUUACCACAAGGCUAUUGAGCACAUAAAUGUCAAAUCCAGUAUCCUUGGGGCUUAACCUUGAUGGAGCUUUUGUUUUCUUCCACAUAGUCCUUAAUAUUGCCUUUUAUUUUCCAUUAUGACUUGCUUAGAUCUUGCAGUUCAUGUAAAAAGAGGAAUGGAGCUAAUUAUAUGGAACAAUCACAAGUUUCAAAGUGAAUAGCUUUUUACUUAGCAUCCAUGUCAACAAAGGCCAAUCAUUUACACCUAAGAAAUGCUUUUUAAUAGAGAAUAAUUAACAGGUCAACUGCCUUGUUUGAUGACCAACCCAUGGUGGCUUCAGUGUAUUUGAAUUAGAACAUUUUUGUGUCACCUGCUGUAGGGUUCUGGUUCUGUCUGAAGGAUUACAGUACUUGGGAACAGGCUGAACAGCUGUGGGGUUUCCCCUUGGUCUGAGAGCCAAACUGCAUACCACAUCUUUUCCAUCCACUCAAACUGGGAUCCCCCAGAUGCUGAUUUUUCCAUUGUGUCAAGUAAUGACUUCAGACCACUCAUGUUCUGACUAAAUGCUUAGCCAGAGUCUGUUUAACAAUGUUACUGUAAAUUAAUACAGUAAUGGUUCAAUUUUAGUAGAAAAGUUAAAGGAAGACAUGAGAUUCGUUCUAACUUAGGCUCUCUGGAGAGGUUUGCAGCACUUUGUGUCUUUCAUUCAGUAAGUACUUAAGUACUUAAUUCCUUGACAUUGAUAAUUCUUUGACUGUACACAUGGAAACAGAAUUUCUGUCUGCUAUAAUUCCUAACCACAACCUAUACAUGCCUUACUGUUAUAAGCCAGAGCUGACAGUUAUAAAAUAUCCAAUUUCCAUUUGGUUGCAUAGUGUUGAAAUUUCCCAUCCAACUGACAGAAAAACUCAAAAUUCUCUGUCAAUGUACAUUUGUUUUCUCUUAUGGGUAUUACAGUCCUAUGUAUGAAGGAAACCUGAGACAUUUCUCCUAUUCACAUAUGAUGUGAAUUCGUCACAUCACAUGACAAAUUCUCAGCACUUCUAAGCAAAAACAAGAUAAACUGAAACCUCAUGGACGCCAGAUCAAGAGGCAUUUGUGAGUCUUGCAUUACUGCUGCUCUGACUGAGCCCAUCCUUCCCAAGUAACCAAACACUCACCCUCUCCUGCAGUGAAACAAUCUCUCAAUUUAGUACCAUCUGUGGAUUAGACACCAACGUCAGAGUCUUUCUUACAGUGCAAAACACUGAAGGGUGCUGCAGUGUUCAGCAGUAAGCAAGCAAAAUUUGUUUGGGUUCAACCAACAUAAAUAGUGACAUAUUGUUACACCUAGCAUGGCCCUGGGCAGACAUUCAUUUUUUUCCUCUAUUAAAAAAUAUCAAUGGCAAGAUGAUUUUGGUUAGACUAUGCAGAAAACUACAAGUUGGGUUAAUUGUUAUUCUUCUUUAAGCUAAGGCAUUAUGUUAGCUCUCUAACAUAACAGUACCUCUGAAGAAAAAUUACUAUUGCAAAUGUAAUUUAUAUAUU